AUGUCCAACCACUUGGAGCAGCUGCCUACCGGCUCAUUCUCGAGCCCCGAGUUCCAGACUACGUUGCAAGGCAUGAUAUCCCAGCAGAACUCCACACUGUUGCAGAUCCAUAUGGCGAACUCGGCGCUGUACCAGCAGCUGGCACAGCAGAAUGCCGAGCUCGCGCAGCAGAAGAGAGGCACGUUGAAGCUGGCUGAGACACACGAGGCAGAGAACAAGAUGCUCAAGGGCGAAGCUGCGAUUCUAAGAAAGCAACUUGGAGACGCGGAGGAGCGUGUCGCGAAUGUUCGGGCAGAGAUCGCCGUGCUCGCGCAGCAGAAAGCCAAGUGGAAGCUGGCUGAGGCACAGGAGGCAGAGGACAAGAUGCUCAAGGGGGAAGCUGCGAUUCUAAGAAAGCAACUUGGAAACGCGGAGGAGCGUAUCGCAAAUCUCCGGGCAGAGAAUGAAGCUUUGAGGAAGAAGCCUCUUCCGGGAGAGAUGGGUAGGCUCAAGAGGCAGAGCGAGACGAUGGAAGGCAGACUCGUGAAAUCCACAGGAAGAAUCUCUGAGCUUGAGCGUAUUGUCAAAGACCUUCGCGCUACCGCAGAGUUGAAAGAGCCAUUGUAUCAGGUCGGUAUUGACGUUCGCAAGGGGCUCUGGGAGAAAUGGAGGGCACUAUCCGGUAACUUCGAACCCAACGCAGAGUUAGUCAAGAAGAGAGACCGAGCUGCCAACGAAGGGAACUGGGGAGCGGACUCGGCACUCCUAAACCUUGGAUAUAUCUCGUCAUCGAUCACCUCGGGCGUGUCGAACGGAGGAGUCAACGAUCUCUUCUUCUUCUACUACGUGCUCAAGUCCGACUGGGCCAGACUGCGCUUCCCCCGACAGCUAAUUCAAGCCGCCGACUGCUGGGCUUCGAUCACCGUUUCUGAACUGUCCGCUGAAGGUCUCUCCAUUAGUGAGGAUGGCGUCCAGGAGAUCGUGGCCGAUAUCAUGCUCAAGAUUUCUCGUAUGAUGAUGGCUGAUGGGGACGAUCUAUCUGUCGAAGAGAUUGCCACUGUUGAAGCCGUAAUCGACAGUGACGCAGAGCUCGUUCGCAAAAUCCACGAGCUUGAGAUUAUCAAGAACGACAUCGUGGCCGAGGCCUGGCGAGGAAACCAACGAAGAUCAGGUGAAACUCCGCAUCAAUCACUGGACCUCCUCACCGGAGCCUUGUAG